ACCAUGUUUACUAUAAAUAAUGUUAGUUGAUAGUAUUAUUCUUUGGUACUGAUUGCUUUAUUAAAAACAAAUUUUAUAAAUGAGUAGAAAAACAGAAAUAUGUUUUCAGUUGAAUCUCUAUCAGUUAACUCAGAGAUAACCACUGUUUGAUACCUCCUGACAAACAUAACCCUCGAAUAUUGUUGGACUGUUGAACGCAUUCACAAUCAGACAUGGUUUUAGUGUACACUGAUAAUAUGUUUUAUCAAGGUAUUUUUAACCGUUCAUGUAAAGUUUAAACUAAAUUGAAGAAUGGUAUUCUGAUUGAACGAUCGUCGCUGGAUGUCUGGAUUUGCCCGCCAAGAUUUGAGAACAGAAAAUGAUUCGAGUUUGAGAUAAAGCGUAUCGCGCAUUCGCGCCUGAACUCCACGAAUCUCCAUAUAAGGAAGUUGAACUAUUUUUUAACUUAGAAAUCUUAAUAUUCAGAUAUUUCUAAAAAUUUCUAUUGUAUAUUACGGUUAUGGUAUUGUAGCGGAAUUUUGAAAAAUGGCGGACGAUCCAAACCGAGACGUUUUACCUGUAAGAGAGCAUUCCUAUGUGGACACUUCUCGUACCAGUAUAGAUUCCAGGGACCGGCAUCUGGUGUAUAAGCUCGAUCGUUAUGAGCUGGAGGACAAAUAUUUACGGCUACUCGAAGAAGUAAGAAGUUUGAAGAAAUUGUCAAAUUGUCAGGAGGAUAAGAUCAAACGAUUGUCGACGAAGCUAAUGAGAGUAACUGCCAAUCCAAGGACAUCUAACGUUGCUUUGGAUGUUUAUGAUGAUAAGAAUAGAAUAAUCACCCUUGAACUCGAGAACACCAAGCUAAAAGAUAAAAUCUCAGUGUUGAGAAAUCAAUUGCUGAAUCACAAGAUUGUUGGUAGAUUAUCAUCAAGGAGUCAUAAUUCCCAAGCGAGGCAGUCGUCCGGGCGCAUAACGUGUCGAAGCGAAAGCAGCCACUACAAGAUACCGUCUUGUCAGUACAUCACCGAGACCGGAGAUGACGACGACGAUGAGCAAAAUAAUCUCGAGAAAGACGAGAUAUUCGAUGCAGAAAAGAAGGAGAUGGCCAGCCGGAUAGAUGAAUUGGAGAAAGAAUUGUCAUCUUAUACAGUCAGCAAUCAAAGGGCAAAGGUUGCUGAGAACAUCGAGUAUAUAAAAGUCUGGCGACAAAUGAAGCUGCUGAACGAUAAACUGGUAGCCGCCGAGAAGGCGAACAACUCGUUGAACGCGCAAAUAGCCGAUCUGAAGUGGAAGUUCGAGGAGGCGACGAAGACGAACGACGAGCUUGCUACAUCACUCGCGGUAGAAAGAAGACGGUUGACAGAGAUGGACGUGCAAUUGUUGAAAACGAAAGAGUCGUCGUUUUCGUUGCGGGAAAAAGACGAGCAAAUAAACGAUCUGAUGAGCGAAAUAAAGAUACUGCAACAGCAUAAUAGCGAACUCGUUGACCUUACCUCUAACCGUAGAGAGGUCGACCAGGAAAACAUGGAACUGAAGAAGAAAGUCUCGAAGCAGCUUCGGGAUGAAGAAUCGUUAAAAAACACUUACAAUAGCGAACAAACCAACAUCAUAGCUCUUCAAGCUGCAAAUGAACAGUUACUUGGGAAACUUCAAGAGCUUCAGAAGAACAUAGAUACUUUAACGGUACAGUUUACGUCUUUCCAGACUCAGACCGAGAAACAGCAAGCGUCGAAGUCAACGCAGAUAUCAAGAAAGCAAACCGAUAUGAAGAGCCCCCAAACGCCUUAUAAAGUAGAGUCGUAUAAGAACGCUUCGAGCCAAAUGGAGAGAUGCAGAAAAUGCUUCGAAGCUUUUGAAAAAAUAUUGCUAUUGGAAGAAUGUAUUUGUGAACCUCGAGGGAACGUCAGUCCGAUGGAUAAAUCUGUUCAAACAGAAUUUGUAACUCGUUCGGGUACCGUGAAUACGAAGGAUCAAGGGACGGUCAUGACACCUCUCAAAGAGAAACGAAGAGAAGAAGAGCCCGUGAAGGAACUUGUGAAGAAGAAUGCCGAACAAAUGUCGACGGGGAAUCCUCUGACACCGGAGAAGAUGUUGAAGCUUUUAGAGCAAGCUCAAAUUAAUACUUCUUCGGAUCCAAUGAAAUUCGUACCGAAAAAUAUGACCAACAGGGUCGCCUACAAUUUAAUGGAGUUAAACCAGAGACACAGGCAAGUUGUCUCCCUUGAAAAACUGCUGUUCGGUGAUUCUGGCUACAAACAUUAUCUCGAAGCUUCCAGAUUCAUAAGAGACACGCGAAAUUUAAUUGAUAGAAUACGAUUACUGUAUUACAGCGAUACAGAAAUGCUUGUUCAAGCGAACCAAGCAAGUCAAGUUCUUCAACCCAGAUACCAUCAACAGAAAAGCAAUAUCGGCACAAAUCCGCAAAACGCUUAUCAAUCCUUGGAGAACCAAUUUACGGAUCCCAAUAAAAUAUUGUUUAUUUUAUUCAAUAUCCUUCAAGGAUAUUCCCAGACACAUGCGAAAAGCAAUGAAGCUACCUUGUAUCGUCGAAUUUCAUCACCUGAUUACCAAUUUGCAAAAGACGUCAAUAACAAUGCCGCAAAGAAAAGUCCUAGUACAAAAUGCACAAGUACUUCUUUAGAAUUUAUUGCUGCGAACAAGAGUGACACAUCCAAUGUUCAACGUGGGGGUUGCAGUAAUAGAAGGUCCUGUUUAAAUCCUUACACCAGACUACGACCGGAGAAGCUGAGAAGAAAAAUAGUUUGGGACCCGAAGAAAUGCAAUCAAGUCACUAAAUCAGAUGAGACCAACAACUGUACUUGCAACAACUUUAUCAAAUGCAACAUUAAUUCCAAUUGUAAUCAACAGUGUUGCAACAACGGUUCUUCGAAAACAAUCGUCCAAGACCCCACCAAUGGUGCGAGCAAAUCUGUUAAAACCACCAUGGACAAUUCAAACGAGGAUCAAUCCCCGCAUGGUCUGAACGUGACGUUCCAAUCACGUAUUUUACAGGAUGGCGAUGGAACAAAGCCCCGCAAAGCUUGGGAAGAACAAAAGUAUUCGGAGGAGAACAAUGAAAGGUUGGACGAUGAUAAGUCGUUGCGGGAAUACAUUGUGCAGCUGAACAAAUACAAGGCCGUUGUUAACCGGAGUUCAUCGAUGAGCGUCCAAACUGAAUGUCCAGAUUUCAAUGAUGUACGUGAAACUCAGAGAACGGCAUCCUUUUGUAGUCUGAAUUGUCCAAACGAGUGUAUCGACGCUUUGAGUUCCCUGUCCGAUCCGUUCCCCUUGGUGAUCCCCGAGGGACAGGGACUUCUGGAGCUUCACAUCAUGUCUCUCCAACUCUCAACGUCUGCAAAGCAGAUUCUCUUUCGCGAGAACGAUAUCAGCAAGGUCCAUUUGUUCGUGAGUUGGGACAUAUGGAACCAAGAGACGACUUACACGCCUACCCAGAAGUGUCCCAAGCUGAACUUCAAUUCAUCCUUUGUCUAUCGAAUCUCAGAUCUCUCUUCUUUCUUCAACUACGUUCUGAUGGAGGUGGUGGUAUUCCAGGUGAACGUAUACCACGAGGACAAGGACAGUUACACGGUGGCUAAAGGGAAGCUCUGCAUCAAGGACAUACUCGAUUAUCCGCAAAACAAGCUUCAUUACAUCGCUCCGGUGAACAGCGUGAUUUCUUGCUCGCUAGGCAUGACCUUUGGCCAAUUGUCCCUGUGGGUCAGGCUUAGCUGCGACGUCGAGAAGGUGUAUAAGUUCAAGAAGACACGAGGAAUAGUCACCGAGGAUCACACCGGUUCUGAUAAAGGUCCAGUUGCUUCGAAGAAACCUACCAUUGAGAAGCCGGUAAGAGUUGGUGUGCCAGUCGGUGAUGAUCUGACUGUAUUGAAGGACACCGAUUCAAAGGCUCGUCUGAUCUACGAACCGUCCAAGGAAAUGUUCUCUAAUUAUCAGACCGAAGAAUAUCUAAACGAAUCGAGUGACACGACUGAUGCCCCUGACAAUAAUAAUAAUAACGCGGGGCAAAUUAUUAGCAAAAUCCCUUUGACCGUGGUGAAAGAGAGCGAGGACGAACCCCAUCUUCACUCUAGCUUUGAAAAUGCAAAUCAGGCCAUGAAAGUUGAAAAAUCAACCAAGGUGGAUGACAAAGUAAAACCUGCGAAAGUAGAUCAAAAAGUAGAUACGUCGAAAAAGGUGUUGAACCGGGAUUUCGAAGAAAGUGUGAUGUCAGUAGAAGCCAUGGGGAUUGGAAGAACAAUAGCAGAAACAGAUUCCGGGAGCCGCAAAUCAAGCGUGGAGGAGUUUAAUGCCGUCAUCUCGAAGAGCCGUGGAAUUGUCCAGGAGAAACAGGGCGGCACGACUCAGGAGGGCUCCGAUGAGUCCAUCUCCGAAGUAACGAACGUGAUUUCGGAGAAAAAUUGGGAGGAGUACAAGCAACGAAGUUUGCUCACAUUUGUUAAUACGUUUAAGCCUGGUAAUGGAACCGCUGAAACGCCCAGCGUGGCCGGAUUGGCCAAAGACAGCCUACGUACCUCGAUUUCAGUCCCUUUGUCUCCGCAACACGAUACUGACACGAUAGCCAUCGAUAUCCUGAACAUGAUCCUUUUCCCGAAGAGUUCCGUCGUACAAAACGAUGAAAUUCACCUGCUUUACAUCGAGUACUCUUUUCUUGGCUAUUCCGGAGCUGAUAUGGAAACGAUGUCGGUGCAAAAACCGCGACCACCGGAUACGAAACUCACGUAUAACUUCAGGAGAAAGUUUCACGUGGACGAGGAGACACAUUCGAAGCAGAACAACAUGCUACGAGCGAUGUUAGGCGACACUAUCAACCCCAACAUAAGAUUCAUCGUCGUCUCCGAGCCUCUUCCGGAGGAAACUGAAACAAAGGAGUGCGUGGAAGUGGGGUUCGCUAGCUUCAAUUUAAAAGAAUACGCAUUUGGGGAGAGCGAGAAAGUCGUAACGAUUCAGGUGCACAGUCCAGACGGUACUGAACAAAUUGGUCUGCUAAAGAUCUUCGUGUCGGGUUUGGAUACUAUCCGCCAGCGUCUCAGAAGACGAGAGUCUAAUUUAUAA